AUGCCUUCUCGCUCCCUCACCAUGGCGAAUCCCCUCAUGCGCCGCUCUUACGCGGCCCUGAUGGCUCGCCCCUUGACCACUCUCCCCGGCCUCCGCUUUAUGAGCACCCACCGUCCGAGCCGUAUGCAGCAGUUCUCUUGGCCCACGAUUCAACGUCCCUCUCAGAACCUUCAGUACCGGGGCUUCGGCACCGGCGGCGUCUCCCGCGAUCUCCUUGCGAACCGCGAGGGUGCUGCCAACCGGAACCCGAACAGCGCCACGGCUCAAAACUCUUUCUACCAGCUCCUUCUCAAGGCUAACAUGCCGGCUAUUGUUAUUGAACGGUACCAAUCUGGACGGUUUGCGACCAACGAGGCGGCUGACGAGGCCUACCAAACCGCGCUGGCCAUGAUGAACGGCACGACUGGCGGGGCUAUCAGCGGCGACCCAUCUCUUAAUUCUGCCGGUCUUAACGCAAGCCGGCUCCAGGCGGUCGGCCAGGCUGUGGCAGCCCACCGUACCGGCGGCAACAUGGCUUUCUCUGCAGGUUCUAACGGCGGUAAGAACGGCCCUCUACACGUCAUAGUGGAUGAAACCUUCGGCACUGCUGCUCUUCGGUGGAUCAAGUUUCUUCUCUGGUUCGGUCUCUGCGCCUAUCUCAGCUUGGUGCUCGUGACUAUGGUUGUUGAGGGUAUGACUAGUCUGAAGCGUCCUAGCAAGGUUGACGGCAUCGACCCCAAGGCAGAAAGCCAAAAAGCCCGCUUCUCCGAUGUCCACGGCUGCGAUGAGGCCAAGGACGAACUCCAGGAACUGGUCGACUUUCUGCGGAACCCCGAGAAGUUCAGCAACCUCGGCGGCAAGCUGCCCAAAGGAGUUUUGCUCGUCGGCCCUCCGGGUACCGGUAAGACUCUGCUGGCUCGUGCCGUCGCUGGUGAGGCUGGCGUGCCCUUCUUCUACAUGUCUGGUAGCGAAUUCGACGAGAUCUACGUCGGCGUUGGCGCCAAGCGUGUUCGCGAACUCUUCAACACCGCCAAGGCCAAGUCUCCUUCGAUUGUCUUCAUCGACGAGUUGGAUGCCAUCGGUGGCCGACGCAAUUCGCGCGACGCAACUUAUGUUCGCCAAACUCUGAACCAACUUCUCACCGAGAUGGACGGCUUUGCUCAAAACAGUGGUGUGAUCAUCCUCGGCGCGACAAACUUUCCCGAAUCUCUGGACAAAGCACUCACUCGGCCCGGCCGCUUCGACCGCCACGUUGCCGUUGAUCUGCCCGAUGUCCGCGGCCGUAUCGCCAUCCUGAAGCACCACGCCAAGAAGAUCAAGAUGGGCCCCGAUGUCAAGAUGGAGGCCAUCGCCUCCCGCACUUCCGGUCUGUCUGGCGCCGAACUCGAGAACAUUGUCAACCAGGCAGCCGUGCACGCGAGCAAGGAGAAGGCCAAGGCGGUUAUGCAGUCUCAUUUCGAAUGGGCCAAGGACAAGGUCAUCAUGGGCGCCGAGAAGCGAAGCAUGGUCAUCACGCCCAAGGAGAAGGAAAUGACGGCGUACCACGAAGCCGGCCACGCCCUGGUCGCUUACUACUCCAAGGACACCGCAGGCGAGCUCUACUAUGUUACGGUCCUCCCGCGCGGUCUGAGCCUCGGCCACACCGCCUUUCUCCCGUUGAUGGACAAGUACUCUUUCUCUGUCCGAGAUUACCUGGGCAUGAUCGACCGCGCCAUGGGCGGUAAGGUUGCCGAGGAGAUCGUCUACGGCAACGAUUAUGUGACGAGCGGCGUUAGCGCAGAUCUCGAUUCGGCAACCCGCACGGCGUGGCAGAUGGUGGCCCAGCUCGGCAUGUCGGAGCGUCUCGGCCCCGUCGAGUACCUGCGCAAGUACGACCAACUCAGCUCGGCGACGCGCGCCAUGGUCGAGUCCGAGGUCAAGAAGGUGCUCGACGAGUCGUACGCCCGCGCCCGCACCCUGCUCGUCUCCCGCCGUAGGGAGCUCGACCUGCUCGCCCAGGCCCUCGUCGAGUACGAGACGCUGGACCGUAGCGAGGUCGAGAAGGUGCUGCGCGGCGAGAAGCUUGUCGACCGCAUCUCCAUCCCCCCCGGCCCCAUGGCCGUGCCCAAGCCCAAGAAGUCCAUAGAGCCCGGUCUGCCCAUGCCUCCGCUGCCUGGCGGCGGAGAUGGCGACGGUGCUGGACCUGGGGGUCCGCCGCCGCCGCCGCCGCCACCAGCCCCCGCGCGGCAAAUGCCGGGGCCUGGGAACGACGAGGAGUAG